AUGUUGUUUACUCCAUCGGCGUACCCCAAUGUCCAUACGGCAAGUUUUACUGUCCCAAGUCCCGAAAAACCUUCACGUCAUCUCGUUCCAACUUCUCAACAUCAUCGAGAUACUUCACCAUUACCAGGUCUUUCAUCCAUGUUACAACAACAACGUCAUUAUCAAGACACUUUACUUCUUUCUCCAUAUACGUCGUCAUGGCAACAUCAUGAACACGGUACAAUUCAUAAAAGUCCCAUUGCCACAACAUCAGAUUCAAUAAAACCCAAAACUUCCAUCACGACAACUGGGAUCGUCAAAUCUUCUCGAUAUUUACGUGAAAUGGAUCGACGUGUGAUACUUUCACGUAUUGAACAAGGUGAAAAGCAAUCAGCAUUAGCUAAAGAAUAUCAAGUCAGUCGUGCAGCAAUUUGUAAUUUGAAUAAACAUCGCGAUGAAGUUUUAUCACGAAAAGAUGGGAAUCCAUUAGCGAAACAUCCAAAAAAACCACGUUUGAAAACUGGAGGACGUAAAAGUGGAAAACAUGAAUGGCAAGAACAUCAAGAAGAUGUGAAAGAUCAACAUCUUGGUGUUUAUGCAGUGGAAUCACGAGCUGUAGUGUUACUAUUAACAUCAUUACGAAAGAAACAAGCAACGGUGAAUGAAUUUCGACGUUCAAGUGAUCGAUUGAUACGAAUUGUAUUAGAAGAAGCAUUGGCGUUUGUACCAGUAAAAGCAGUGGAGAUUUUCUUACCAAAUCAUAGCAAGUCGGAUGGGGUAGCAUUGGAACAUCCACCAUGUGCUAUUUCUAUGGAAUCAGCAGGUUCACCAAUGCUUGAAUUAUUUCAUUUAAUUGAACCAGAUCAACCAACAGGUUACAUGACAUUUACAGACAUGACUCUGCAAUCGAUGGAGACACAAUUAUGUGGUCAUCGAUUACCUACAAGUCUCAAUUAUCAUAAUGUUUUUCUAUUGGAUCAUGUUUUGACGUCACCUCAUCUUGUGAUGAAUGUUGUACGAAGGUUACAAGAACAUGGAGCCGUAGUCCCGAUGAUUACAUUCGUGGCGCUUCUUGCAACACGAGAAGCAGUAACUACAUUACAUGGAAUGUUUCCAAUGCUUAAUAUUGUUGUAGCACAAGUUGAAGACGGUCGAACGAUGGCUACAGACAUGAUUUUAGAUCGAAUGGAACAAGUGUACCACAAUUCAGCAACCUCGACAGUAUUGUACUAA